UUUAUUAUUAAUCAAUUAAUUAAUUUUGACAACUCAAAAAGCAUAAUAUUCCCAAUAACUUUUCGAUCUCUCUUUUUCUCUUUGAACUCAUUCUUGAAUCUAUUUUUCUCAAUUGAGUACUGAAGUACUUAUAAAGUAUACAAUACUUUGAACUUCAAAAUAAAUUCUUCUUUUUUGAUUUAUUUUUUCCCUACUCCUCUUCAAAAUCUUUCCUAAAAAUCAAUUCUUUUACUUGGGUUUUUCAAAUCCAAAUCCAAUUUUAUUCUGUUCUUCAAUAAAAUCCCCAAAUAUUUCAUCUUUUCAUCAAUCAAAACCCCCAUUAAAUCUUAUCUGGCAAUGCCAUUUUCCAUCAAUUCCAAUUAAUACCCAAUUAUUCCAAUCACAAAAAAAUCUUACCUUUUUAUCAACCCACCUUCAAAAUUCUUUUAAUUUUCUACUAUUUUUCUUCUCCCAGUACCAGUAGAAGAAUAAAACAAAAAAACCCACAUCUCAAAUUUUUCAAUUUUUUUUGGGUUUUAAUUACUGUUCAAAUGUGUCUGUAAUGCACACAGUUGGAACUAAUUCUGGGACAAAAAAUAGCCUAAAACGUUCUAGAUCAAAGUCAUUAGAUAUGCCUGCUACAAUUACAAUGAUUUCCCAGAAAGUUAAUAAUGAAGAUGAUGAUUGUUCUUUAUUCUCUGUUGAAGAAAUUGUGCAAUACCCAUUACCUGGUUAUGUUGCACCAACAUCAGUUAGUUUUAGUCCAGAUGAUGAUAUGAUUACUUAUUUAUUUAGUCCUGAUCAUAGUUUAAGUAGGAAAGUUUUCUGCUUUAAUAUGGAAUCUGGUAAUCAUGAUUUGGUGUUUAGUCCAGCUGAUGGAGGACUUGAUGAGAGUAAUAUCUCAGAAGAAGAGAAGUUGAGGAGAGAGAGAGCUAGAGAAAGGGGUUUGGGAGUGACUCGGUAUGAAUGGGUCAAGAUGUUACCAUCUAAGAAGAAGAUGAUCAUGGUGCCUUUGCCUGAUGGGGUUUAUGUGUAUGAUCUUUCUUCUUCAAAAGUUGAUCUCAAGCUUCAAAGCACACCCGGCUCGCCAAUUAUUGAUCCACAUCUUUCUCCAGAUGGUAAUAUGCUUGCUUUUGUAAGAGACCAUGAGCUGCAUGUUUUUGAUAUCCUGUACAACAAAGAGAAGCAAUUAACAUAUGGUGCGAAGGGAUGUACAUUAACUCAUGGCCUUGCAGAAUACAUUGCUCAGGAGGAAAUGGAUCGCAAGAAUGGAUACUGGUGGUCACUAGACAGCAAAUUUAUCGCAUUUACUCAAGUUGAUUCAUCUGAGAUCCCGCUAUAUAGAAUUAUGCACCAAGGUAAAAGUUCAGUUGGUGUUGAUGCACAAGAAGAUCAUGCUUAUCCCUUUGCCGGAUCUUCAAAUGUAAAAGUUAGACUUGGUGUUGUGUCUAUUGCUGGUGGUCCCAUCACAUGGAUGAAUCUCCUUUGCGGAGGAAACAGUGAUGAGGAAUAUUUGGCUAGAGUUAAUUGGAUGCCUGGAAACAUACUCAUUGCUCAGGUUUUAAACAGAGCUCAAACAGAGUUAAAUAUUCUCAAAUUUGAUAUUAAGACAGGUCUAAGGAAAGUGUUGCUAGUUGAGGAGCAUGAUACGUGGGUGAAUCUGCAUGACUGUUUCACACCUCUUGACAAAGCAACAAGUGGUGGUGCGGGGGGAUUUCUUUGGGCCAGCGAAAAGACAGGAUUUAGACAUCUUUACUUGCAUGACAUUGAUGGGCAUUGUUUAGGGCCUUUAACAGAAGGUGACUGGAUGGUUGAACAAAUUGCCGGGAUUAAUGAGGCAUCCGGCAUCUUGUAUUUUACUGGAACCGUAGAUGGACCGCUGGAGUCUAACCUUUACUCUGUUAAAUUAGUUCCCAAUAGGGCCCACCCGCUGCAGGCCCCUGUGAGAUUGACACGUGGCAAUGGAAAACACAUUGUAGUACUUGACCAUCAGAUGCAAAGAUUUAUUGAUAUUCAUGAUUCUCUCACUUCUCCGCCAAAAGUUGUCUUAUGCUCUUUACGUGAUGGAAGCUUAAUUGCAACAUUAUAUGACCAACCAUCUGGAGUUCCAAGAUUCAAGAGGCUCAGACUUGAACCACCAGAAAUAGUCCAGGUUAAAGCAAAUGAUGGGUCUGUAUUAUAUGCCUCAUUAUAUAAACCUGAUGAAACAAGGUUUGGACCUCCACCGUAUAAAACUAUGAUUAGUGUUUAUGGUGGUCCAAGUGUGCAGCUUGUGUCUGACUCUUGGAUCAAUGCUGUUGACAUGAGAGCUCAGUAUCUGAGGAGUAAGGGCAUCUUGGUGUGGAAGUUAGACAAUCGAGGAUCAGCUCGUAGAGGGCUAAACUUCGAAGGAGCCGUGAAACACAAAUUUGGCCGCAUCGAUGCCGAGGACCAGCUGGCAGGAGCCGAAUGGCUAAUCAGUAAGGGGCUAGCAAAAGAGGGUAGUAUUGGCCUAUAUGGUUGGAGUUAUGGUGGGUAUCUUUCAGCGAUGACAUUAGCCAGAUUUCCUGACAUGUUUUGCUGUGCUGUUGCUGGGGCUCCUGUGACUUCUUGGGAUGGUUACGAUACUUUCUACACGGAAAAGUACAUGGGAUUGCCCUCUGAAAAUGUAGAUGGUUAUGAGUAUGGCUCAGUGAUGCACCAUGUUGGAAAUGUCAAAGGAAAGCUACUAUUAGUUCAUGGAAUGAUUGAUGAAAAUGUGCACUUCAGGCAUACUGCUAGGCUUGUGAAUGCAUUUGUUGCUGCAGGUAAACCUUAUGAGCUUCUAAUUUUCCCAGACGAGAGGCACAUGCCUCGACGUCUUAGGGAUCGGAUUUAUAUGGAAGAAAGAAUCUGGGAAUUCAUUGAAAGGAACCUUUGAAAAGCCUAGUUUCAAUUAUAUGGAAGAACAUUAUUAUUGGACCAUUGGAGUAUAUAGCACCCUCACUUCCCUGCUUGCUCAUUCACCCGAAUUUCUCCCUUUUUCCGCGGUAGGUUCCCUUUUUUUGUUGGUUGGGGGAGAGGGUGUAGAAGAAGAGUUCUUUGGGUUAGUUUUAGGGGAAAAGUUCUUGUGCCCUAAUGAACCCUUUUUAUUAGCAUUGAUUUUUUCUUUUUGUAGCAUAGUUUGAUAAACUAGAAGUUAUUUUUCAUUUUCCCUGUAAUGUUGUAAUAAUAUUGCGUUCAAGUUCUUUGUCCA